AUGGAAUUAAUUGAGGCUUUUGUAGUUAAAGACAUUUCUUCAAUUCCUAACAUUCAUGUUGAAUCGGUUAAGCAUGAUUAUGAGCAUUUAAAGCAUGUAUGGUUGUCAGACUAUUGCAGGAAACAAGAUAGGUUGGAAAUUGAUUGUCUCAUCGGCUCAGAUUGGAUUUGGUCUUUCCAAGAGGGUAGAACAAUACGAGGGGGGCAACAAGAACCAGUAGCUGUAGAGACUAGUCUUGGAUGGGUGCUAUCUAGACCUCUCAAAGGUAAGAAACUUGAUCAUAUUUACUCUUCAGAUUGCCAGGUUAAUUUUUGCAUUGAUGAAACUUCUAAAUUUUCCAGUGUAGGGAACUUAGACCUUGAUUAUAAGCUUAAUAGAUUAUGGGAUCUUGAUAGUAUAGGCAUUAGAGAGGCCAAUAAGGUACAUGAAGGUGUUCUCGAUAAUAUUAAGUUUACAGGUCAUAGAUACUCAGUUGGUCUUCCAUGGAAGCUUGGUCAUAAGCCUUUACCAACCAAUUACAAUAUCAGUAUGCUAAGAAUGAAGAGCCAGGUUAGGAAGUUAAGGCAAACCCCAAUAAUUCUCAAGAAGUAUGAUGAAAUAAUUUCCCAGCAAGUAGAGGAGGGCAUAAUAGAACAAGUAGCAGAACUUGAACCUGAGGGGAAAGUGCAUUAUCUCCCACAUAGAGCUGUGAUAAGGGAAAAUGCUGAAACAACCAAAGUGCGGAUAGUAUAUGAUGCUUCUUGUAAGGAUAGGAAGUUGGGAGUAUCCCUCAAUGAUUGUUUGCAAGUUGGCCCAUCACUUACCCCAAUGUUCCUUGAUGUCCUUCUCAGAUUCAGAAUUAAUCCUGUUGCUCUUGUAGGGGACAUAGAAAAGGCAUUUCUCAAUAUAGAGAUACAUAAGGAAGAUAGAGAUUGUCUUAGAUUUUUGUGGUAUAAGGACAUAAAUGAUGCUGAUUCAGAAGUUAUAGUAUAUAGAUUUAAUCGAGUUGUUUUUGGAUGUAAUUCUUCUCCAUUUUUGCUUAAUUGUGUACUUAGGAAUCAUAUAGAGAAGUAUAAGGAAGAAGAUCCGGAGUUUGUUAGCAAGUUGAUAGGAGGUUUCUUUGUUGAUGAUUUAGUGACUGGGUGUGAGGAUAGUUCUGAGGCAGUAGAUCUCUAUAGGAAGGCCAAGAGUAGAAUGAAAGAUGGAGGAUUUACAUUAAGAAAGUGGAAGACUAACAGUAGUGAGGUAGCUAAGAAAAUAGCAGAUACAGAAGGCAAUGAAAUGCAAGUAAAGGAUGUCAGUGUAUCAUCAGAAGAGUCUUAUGCUAAGGAAACACUAGGGUUAGAUACUUUAGAAGGAAAAACAAAAGUUUUAGGUAUCAGUUGGGAAAUAGAGAAGGACAGACUAGACCUUGAUCUCUAUAAGGUAGGCAAGGAAGCAGACGAUAGUGUUUGUGCAACUAAGAGAGGUAUUCUUAGUACUUUAGCAUCACUCUAUGAUCCACUUGGGUUGAUAAGUCCAGUGGUUGUCACGGCAAAAAUUCUUUUCCAAGAGCUGUGCUUAGAAAAAUUGGGAUGGGAUGAUACUCUUCCACAAGAAAAGGUUUUGGUUUGGCAAAUAUGGCUUGAAGAUCUUAGGGAAACUAGGACAAUUUCCUUUCCUAGAUGUGUUUUAGAGGACAGGAAGGGGGAUGUUUUAAGUUAUCAGCUACAUGGGUUUGCAGAUGCCAGUCAGAAAGCCUAUUGUGCCAUGGUUUAUCUCGUUUGUGUGACUGAACAAGGGACAUAUACUAAAUUGUUAAGUGCCAAGACCAGGGUUGCGCCUUUAAAAGCAUUGUCCAUACCCCGUCUAGAAUUAAUGUCUGCUCGAGUAUUAGCCACAUUAAUGGAUACAGUUAAGAAUGCAUUAAGCCCACAGAUUCAGUUUGAUAAGGUAAAAUAUUGGUUAGACAGUAAGACAGCCCUGUUUUGGAUAUACAAUAAUGGGGAAUGGAAACAGUUUGUCCAGCACCGAGUUAACGAGAUUCUCUCAUUAACUAGCAAAGAAGAUUGGGCUCAUGUUGCUGGCACAGACAACCCUGCAGAUUUGGGUUCCCGGGGAGUCUCCGCUACGCUCCUUAAGAAUUCCAGAUUAUGGUUGGAGGGCCCCACUUGGCUUUGUGAGGAUGAAAGUAAGUGGCCUAAGUUUUCACCAUCAGUAGACUCUGCGGAUAUUGAAGUAGAAAGAAGGAAGAAUGCUACAUCAUUGUUUACAACUAACACAGAUAGAGUUGGAGUGGGUAGUAUAGUAGAUGUAGAACGACAUGGAACUCUUGGUAAACUUUUAAGAGUGACCGCAUAUGUGUUGAGGUUUAUAAAUAACUUAAGGGGAAGGAGUAUGAAUAAAGUCCUAAACAUUGGAAAUUUGAGUACAGAGGAGAUAGAAGCUGCAGAGCAUGUAUGGAUUAAGGAUGUGCAGAAGGCAUUGAGAAAUAGGCAAGAUUUUCAAGCAUUGUCAGUGCAACUUGGCAUAGUUGAUCAAUCUGGUGUUUUAGUAUGCAAAGGUCGGUUAGAAAAUGCAGAUUUAGAUAUAGGUAAUUUUGUUCUAGAAGAGGGACACCGAGACUCAUAA